ACAAGAGCGAAUGGGAUAUACCCAGCAAAUGGUAUAGAUGGGUAGAGACUCGCGGUGUCAGAUAUUUACGCUACCCGGUCUGUCACAUAGAAUUGCUGAGAUGACGGAACCACCAUGGUCGGCAGAUGGAGUUUGUGCCAUGGGGGGAACUAUACAAGCAGCCCAACGAAGUGCAGCUCUCUGCUCACUUUUUUGGACGACAGACACUGCUGCGAAUGUGCCGCUGUUUAUUGUAGUCCUCGGUUCAAUGUCCAACACCAAGAAACCAGAGCAGUAUAACCAUUAAACGCGUAACGCCCCAUAUCACGAAGAUAGCCGUGUCA